UUCAGGAGUACCUGUGUAUUUACAAGUAGCCUGGCUGAUGGAAGCCGGCCCUGCUGUGCCAGCCAACGCUUCGAUAGGUUAAUCAUAUAUCGUUUUCAUGUGCUCGUGGAAACAGAACUUUUAGAAAGCCAGAUAUUCCUCAGGCGAAGGCCAGUUUCUACGUAUGCAUACAAGUAGCGCGGCUGUAUUCUGAGGAGGUGUGAGAUUCUGAGGUUUCAGAAUGCAUUUGGAUGAAAGCCCUGCCAAGGGUCAUCUAAAGGCCAUGGAAGACCAUGUCCAAAGUGAACUUCAUGAUUUUAUGAAGUGGAGAACCACAUGUGUAUUGAACAGAUAUCCUCUGAGACAACUAAUUAGAUUCCAGACAACAGGAAAGCUAGAUCUAAUUUGGAGUUUCAGGGCUCCCCUCUCACAGCCUAGAGUCCUUACAGCACUCUCAGAAAAUACAGCUGAACUCAGGGCCUCGCUGGGCCUUGUAAUGACCAUCCUGAGACUGACCAUAGCUUCAGGGCUCCUGUCUCGGCUCUGCCUUCUAGGCAUGACAGUUACCGAAGCCUCAAUGCGGGUAGUACUUCCAGGUCAAAGCUGGAACAGCUACCCACUGCAUCAUAGCUCUGUCAAUGUGAGAGGACCCACCCACAGUCAGCAAAGAUGGACUGGCUUGAAAUCUGGUCCAGUGGCCAGGAUAACUUUGUGUGCAUGUAGGUAUAUGCAUAAACACACAUCUAAUUAAAUAUUUCAUGUCACACACAGUGGUGUCGCCAUCUUGUUAUUGACUAUUAACAGUGAAUAAUUAUUGACUAUUAAUACAAUAGUCUUAACAAAUAAAGAUGGCUUUUUCUUCAGGUUUUUGUUUGUUUGUUUCAUGGAAGUAACUGAAGAAUCUCCUAACCAGCCAGUGUUUAACUGUACUGUGGACAAAACAGUGGGUGGUGAUGGCUGGGCCUCAGCCCCAUAGGCAGUGUGGGAUAAUACUUCAGACACUAACGUUGUGGGGUUUUUGUGGUUUUUGUUUUUUCUCCACAAGAUCUUCAGGCUCAAAUUAAAUUACUUGGAGCUUCUCUCCAUGAAGCUUGUUAAUUUGUACGACAGUGGCACAGAGAUCCUUAGGGCACAGAUGUCAAGGAAAAUAUUUUAUGUGUUUCAGAGAAAGUGUGUGACUUGAUCGUAUGCUGUUAUUGCUGUUGUCAUGUGAUGGCAUUCAAUGCAUUAUAAUGAUCAACUCUUAAAUAUUUACCCAGGACGCUGAACAGUGGGACAGCAUCUAUAAUGCUCUUGCUUCCAGGUGCUACAUAAUUGCAGGGGCUGCUUCCAGAAGUGUCUCUAAACUCCUAGAGCACAGAAAUAUCAGCACCCCAAAAUCCCACGGGCUGAUCAUAAACCAUACAAACCAAACCACAAUGUCUGACUUGGUGGAAAUAACCCAUCUUAUCGACAGUAAGAAGCAGCUCGCCAUCUUGGGGAGCACGGAAGCAGAGUCCUCUGAUGACAGCCUCGUCGAUCUGGCUGUUGGACUCGGUGCCCGGUUUAUCAAGUUGGGGGGUCUUUCUCGGGGUGAACGGGUGACCAAAUACAACCGCCUCCUGGCUAUAGAGGAAGAACUCAUCCAGAGUGGAACAUGGGGUUCCAGUGAAGAACACAAUUUUGCUUCCUUUCAAGAGGAUGCUGAAAAGACACCAGAGGCUAUUGCCGAGGAAACUCUUGGGCCCCUGGACUCCAUCUUCCCCACGGAAGUUGUGGAGGAAUCAGCUAAACUGUGAGCCUCGUGGGGCUGGACUCCCAGGGGAUACCAAUACUGCAAGUGUUGUCUGUCUGUGGUGUGGAGUGUGUCUCCACACUGGCUCGACUCUUCACUCCACCAGCUCGUGCAUUCUUUUUAUUCUUUGGGUCUCACCGUUGGGAUAAAAUCUCUCUCUGAUGGUUUUGUCUGAA